AUGUCGGACAACAUUUGCGGCCCGUCCAACGGGGCUAAGGACCUCCUUGCGCAUGCCGAUCGCGACCGUUCUCUUCAUCAGGAUCGCCUUGUUGGCGCGCGUCAGGCUGGCGCCGGAAAUACCUUCCGAUCCCAGGCUACCUUCUCGCACGGCGCCGCCGAGAUGGCCUUUGCAGACUUCCAGCAGGGUACCGUCAUUGACCCCGGCUUUGGUCCUCAGCCUGACCUGAACGCAAUGGGUCCGAUGAUUCCCCAUGGCCUUGCUGGUCCUGCCCACGGUCAUCCGGCCGUCCAUGCCCCCGGCCCUAUGGGCAGCAUUGGUCCCGUCGUUCCUGCUGCUCGUCUGGCUUCUCCCGCUACUGGCGGCACUUCUCACCAGGACUGGGUGAAUGAGUUUGGCAACAUGCAUCUUGCUGAUGCAGCCGGCCCGACCACUGUCAACCCUCGUCUGGCCCACCCUGUCAUGACUCCGGGAAACCAUCUGCAGCGCCCCAAUGGAGCUCCAUUCGCCAUGCCCAUUUAUGGCGGCGCUCAGCCCUCUCUUGCCUACGGUUUCGGAAACCCUGCCAUGAGCGCCGUUGCUCAGCAGCAGCCUCAGGACAACCUCCCGAUGGAGAGUGCCAUGGACGUCGAGGCUUUCAAUCGCGCCUUCGGCGAAUACGACGAUGCCAUUUUCCAGAGCGAGUUGGCCGAGUGGGCCGAGAAGCAGAAGUCGGCUAACCAGGAGUUCAUCGAGGAGCAGGACAAGUGGAUGUUCAAGCACGGCCCUGUCGGUGCCAAGCCCCCGACCGCUCAGGAGAUGAAGGCCAUCGACGAAGACCUCGAGGAGCUCGCUCAAGAGCAGGAGAACGCGAAGCGUCGAGUCGACGAGGAUCUCGCCCGUGCGGCCGUCAGCAUUGUCAAUUCGGUCUCUGAUAACGAGUCGUUCAAGUUCAAAAACUCGCGCUUUUUCGAGCUCAUGCGCCGCAUUGGAAACCACGAGGUUGUCAUUGAUGGCGCCAAUUUUGUCGAUGCCGCCACUGGCGAGACCGUCGAGACCUCGGCUACUGACGACUCUGGCGCGGAUACCGGCGCGACCAAGGAGAACAAUGGCCAGCACGAUGCUGCCCCUAACGAUGGCCUUGCUUAA